AUGAGCCCGUCAUCUCCCGCUGGAUCCUCAUCGUCCUCUUUGCCCGAUUCAAGCGCCCUCCUCGCCCUCCCCGACGGUCCCAUAUCCGCCAAUCACGCCGACCGUACCUCAUACGCCAUCUCCCUGAUCGGCGGGUACCCGACUUUCCCACUCUCGACCCCUCCGCUCUCUUCUGACUUGGUCUGCGCAUCCUGCUCUGCGCCCAUCCCGCUCUUGGCGCAAGUCUACUGCCCGCCCGAAGGCGGCGAGAACGAUCGGACGCUCUACGUCUUUGCGUGCCCGAACGGCGGAUGUCAGCGCAAGGAAGGGUCGGUACGCGCCUGGCGUGCCAGUCGGCGGAAUGACGAGUAUGUCGCGGAUGUAGAGAAAAUGCGGGCGGAGAAGGAGGCAGAAGAGAAGCGGUUAGCGGACGAGAGGAGGAAGAAUCCGUUCACUAUGGGUGCUGCGCAACCCGCUGGUUCUGCUCUAUUCGGAGGCGGUGGGGGUGGACUGUUUGGCGCCAAUCUUUUCGCCGCUCCUGCGUCGGCUCCAGCUCAGGCUCAACCUGUCCCGGAGCUGUCCAACCUCUCCAUCUCCUCAGCCUCGACAUCAACCCUCUCCCCUCCUCAUCCAGCAUACCAACCCCCACAGUACCUCUCUACAACGGACGAAUACCUCCCCCCGCCCGAAGAGGUCGAUCUCGAUUCGGACGACGACGAGCAGUCGCCCGAAGAGAAGGCUGAGUGGAGGGAUGAGCGAUUCGAGCAGCUCUUCCCUUCCGGCGUGGAUCCGCUGUUCGAGCGGUUCGUCAAGCGCAUCAGCGAGGCUGAUGGUGCGGGUGGUCAAGUCUUACGGUACGACCUCGGCGGCGUUCCUCUCCCUUACUCAACCACCUCCUCACUCACCCAAUCCCUCUUCCCCGGCCUGCCCGCAGCCUGCCGCGCCCAAAAAGCCGAAGACGACGACCCCUCCCCAUCCACCUUCUUCAAGCCCUCGUCCUCCCUGGUUCCCCCAUGUCCCCGGUGCGCCGCUCCAAGGGUAUUCGAACUCCAACUGGUCCCUUCGUUGAUCAAUCACCUGUCGCCCGAGACGCUCUCGACGACGGGGGAGAAGGCGCCGAAGAAGGGCAAAUCGGCGCAGAGCGAAGAGGAGAGGAAGAAGGAGUUGGCUCGUCUGGCGGGCGAGGAAGCGGGAGGGGAGGGGAUGGAGUGGGGGAGUAUCGUGGUGUUUGGGUGUAAGGGGGAUUGUGAGGGGUUCGAGGAGGAGUGGGUAGGGGUGGAGUGGGAGACGACACUGGCGUAG